AUGGUGUCGACGCGACGUGCAACGCGUGCUCGUUCUGGCACGAUGACGCCGCAGGUUGAGGCGUUGCCGGCGACGAAGCGGCGCGGAAGGCCGCCGAAAUCGAAGACGAGCACGCCAGUGAGAACGACGAGAAAAGGAAAGUUGAACCAGCCGAAAACUAUAGAGAAUGAUGAUGACGAGGUGGUGAUACCGGUGCCGAGUUCGCCGCCGACGACGCCCAACACAGAGCAGCAACUAAUAUGUUAUGAGACGAAAAGCAUUGAAGACGCUGAGGCCGAUGACGCAUCGAUCGAUAAAGAAUCGACAACAAGCGACGAACUGACGUCAUCGCAAACCGAUCCUGAGCCGGAUAAUCAUAUUAAUAAUGAGAGUGACGAGAAGCUGAGCGACGAGCAUGACGAUGAAACAUCGACGCCUUUGGAGGGAAAAUCAGAUUCUGAUGAGAAGGAAGCUGAAGAGACGACUAGCAAGGUUGAGAAGGAUUCAGAGCCGGAGCCCGAGAAGGGAACUGAGCCGGAGCCCGAGCCUGAAAAGGUUUCUGAACCAGAACCGGAAGCUGAGAAGGAUUCUGAACCACAGCCGGAAGUCGAGAAAAUAACUGAGGAGCCGACAAGCGGCGUCGCCGACGAUUCAAUGGAUAUCUCGGAAGACGAACCCGAAACUCCGCCGAUUAAUCAAGAGCCGCAUGAGGAGCCGUCUACUACUCAACCGCCGCCGCCUCCUGAGGUCUUUCCUGCGCCGCCACCUCCUCCAGCUCCUUUGGAGGCAGCAUGGGAGCCGAAUGUGCAGCCGAGAGGAUCGACGGUCACGAUGGACGUGCGGCCGAGGAAACGAGUGCACAUAUUCCAUCCGGCGGCGGCCGCUUUUGACGAUCCAGUUCCACCGCCACCGCAACCGCCGACGUUCUACCCGCCGGCUGGAGUUCGAAUCAAUCAUAAAUUCAAGAUUGUGCUUCAGCCGAGUGGUGGAAGUGGAGUAAACGCUGAGCCGUCUGCCGCGGCUCCUCCUCCACCACCUCCUCCUCCUGAACCGCCCGCGCAACCCGUUGAAGCGCCGACGAUCAUUCUUCCGCCGGCGCCACCGCCGCCGCCGACGGCGACGGCGACGAUACCCGCCGCGAGCUUGUCACCGACUAAACGUGUCUCGCAGUUCGGAUCGACAGCCACGAACAUUCCGCCGCCGAAGGUUGUGCAAAUUCCGACGCCCUCGUUCAUGUCGCCGAAAAUUGACGAGAGGAAAAUUGACGAGAAUCAAGAAAAAGUUCCCGCGAAAAAGGAUGUUGAUAAGGAAUUGAAAGAAAAAGCGGCGCGAAUCGCGGAAUUGGUGAAUCAGCGAAUGCAGGCCGACAAGGAUAAAGAGGAAAAGCAUCGUGAGGAGGAAGAGAAAAAGAAGGAAUUGAUGAGCAACAUUUCGCCGAAAGAGGAAAAAGAGCCGGUUAAAGAGACGAAGAAAGUAAUUACGGUGAAGCCUGAAGAAAUGGUUGUGCCACCAUAUGAAUAUAUCCAAGAAUGCAAAUAUUUGAUGAAGCCGACGAAAAAGUACACCGAAGGCGAUGAAUGUCAUUGUUUUUCGAAAGGAUUGAAUUGUUCGGACAACUCGUGCGAUAAUGUUGCGAUGAAUAUGGAAUGUCCGUCGUCUUGUCGAGCCAAAUGCAAAAAUCAGCGAUUUGCGAAGCGAAAAUAUGCGAGUGUUGAAGCUUUCCAUACGGGAACUUUGAAAGGAUGCGGUUUGAGAGCGUGCAAGGAUAUUAAAAAAGGCAAAUUCAUAAUUGAAUAUGUUGGCGAGAUGCUCGAACGUGAUGAUUAUGAAAAGCGAAAAGAGAAAUACGCGUCUGACAAGAAUCACAAGCAUCACUAUCUGUGCGAUAACGGACAGUAUACGAUUGAUGCGACGAGAAUGGGAAAUCCGUCGCGAUUCAUAAAUCACAGUUGUGAGCCGAAUGCGGUUUGUCAAAAGUGGUCUGUGCCGAAAACGCCGGGCGAUGUGCAUCGGAUUGGAUUCUUCGCGAAGCGAAAUAUCAAUGCCGGCGAGGAAAUCACUUUUGACUAUCAAUUUGCCAAUUAUGGAAAAGAAGCCCAAGAAUGCUUUUGUGGAGCUCCUUCGUGCACCGGAUGGAUCGGAUCGAAACCUGAGGAUCUGUCGGAUGAUGAGGACAGUGAUGAUGAGGAUCUUGUAUUCAACGAGGUCGAUGAGAGCGAGGAGGCGAUUCAGGAGAUAAUGGGAAUGAACGGACUCCAGCGAAAAGAAGCGAUUCAGUAUGCGCUGGAUGAUCUCGUCAUUAAGAAUCGGAAGCAUGCGAAGAAGGUCAUGCAGCUUAUUCGUUUGAUGACCGAUUUUGAUCAGAAGAAUGAGAUCAUCGACAUGAUUUUCUCCGAGGACACGUCGCCAAAAAUCCAAAUAUAUUAUGCGAAUGAGGGAAUGUUCACGUUGAUCUACGAGUGGCUCGAUCGAAAAGAUUUCUCGUUGGCGAAUUUGGAAUUUAUGCAGAAACUUUUGCAAGUUUUGCAUGGCGAAGCGUUCUUGCAAGCUGUGCGAAAUGACAAAACUAUGCUGCCGCUUAUCCAGAAGCUCGCCAAAUGGAAUAGCAAUCCGAUGGAGGUUGACAUUCACGCGACAAUUGAGGGAAUGUUGGAAUCGAUUGAUUCGCCCGGCGAAUGGGAGCAUCAGUGUCAGCGGAUUGCGAACGAAAUCUCCGAACAUAUCGGACGGGUUCAGAAUUUGGCGAAACGAUUGCAUACCCACUGGUUCAAUCGAUCGGUGUUCUUCAAAAUUCCGAAAAAGAAGCCCGCUCCUGAGACGAAAUCCGUCGAAUCGACGUCGCGAUCAGCUAACGAUCAGACGAAUGAUGAGAAUCAAUCGUAUUCGUCGUCAUCGUAUCAGUCGUCGAAACCCGAUUAUCAUUAUUCGUCGCAUCGCUACGACAAAGAAUAUUCGUCGAGGGAUUAUGAUGAAGGCUAUUCGAGAUGGAAUCGAGAUUCGGGAAGCUAUUACGGGACCAGCGAGAAAAUGUAUUUCAGAUACGAUCGAAAGGACUCGAAUCGCAAAUUCCACCGAAGAUCGCGAAGUCGGAGCAAAAGUCCGAAGAGGCGACGAACUGAGGAUAGGUAUCGUCGACGAACGCCGGAUCGGCAGAGGACGACACCCGAGAACGAGAGAGCUUCUUCUACUGGAACCCCGUCAUACGCUAAAGGAUCUGAAUCGUAUCCAAAGCUGAACGCGACUAGUGCCAGCUCGUCAAAUACAAUUCAGGCUCCUGGAGUUGCGCCACCGAUGCCGCCGCCGCCACCGAUGGGCUAUGGAGCUUAUCCCUAUCCCGGAAGUUAUGAGCAAGCCGUCUCAUUCUAUAAUCAAUCUCAAGUCAAUGGAAUGAAUCCGCAUCCGCACAUGUACGGACAGCAGAUUUCGGCGAUGUAUGCGCAUUGGCCGAAUCCGUUUGAUCGCGAAGAGGAUUGGGACAAUUGGGGAAGCGAGCGCGGUUGGAUUCAGAAGCGACGGACCAUCACCAAGCACAGCUUUUUGACGCGAGAUGAAUAUAAUUCGUUCUAUGAGACGCAGAGUGUCGAAUAUUUGGAUAAACGGAAGAAGGAUCUGAUGGAGGAGUUUCUAUCGAUUUGUGAAAAGCGUGCGAGAAAAAUUGUUGAGGAAGAAAUGAAGCAGAAACUGAGUAUGCUUGAAGCUCAGCUUCGCUCGAAUUUUGACGUGAAGCUCGAAAAGGAGGUUGAGGCUCGUAUGCGGAAUCAAAUGCAAGCUCCGCCGCCGGUUAUCGAUAUCGCUCAACCGUCGGCGCCUCAAAUUGUUGCGGCACAACCAUCUGAUGCCACCGUCGCCGUCGCACCGGCGUCGAAAAACAAAGGCAAACGGCUUUGGGCGAAGGCGAAAUCGGACACGGGCGAAUGGUAUUAUUAUAAUACGGAGACGAAAGAAACGCAAUGGUCGCCGCCGCGACCGGAGCAAGGUGAAAUUGAUCCGGCGUUUUGUACGCCGCCGGACACCACGGAAGCGUCGAUCGGAAUGUCUUGUAACUCGAAUGAAUCGGAAGAGAAGGGUCGUAAUGGAUCGAGCUUGUCUGAGCGCAUUGGCGAGCUCAUUGAUCAAGCGCCGCCUGAAGAGUUGACGAUUGUGCAUCGCGAGAAUGAGGAGCGUGAACGAGAAGAGGCGAAGCGGCGAUUGAGCGAGACGAAUAGCCGCGAAGCCGAUGAGGCGAAACGAACGAUGGCGUUGGUGAAAGGAUUUAGGAAGCAGAUUGAGCAGGUGGUACUGCCGUUGGUUAAAUCGAUGCUCAAAGAUGCUCCUGGCGUAUCGCAGGAAAAAAUGGUUUGGUAUUAUAAAUUGAUUACCAGUGAGAUGCUCAAACGGGAAAAUAAUGGGGUUCGAUUGAGUUAUACAUUGGAUUCGGAUACGAAGAAGAAGGUUCGAAAAUACACAAUAAGCCUUCUGGAGCGAAAAUUGCAAGGUGGUGCUUCAGCGUUGUGGAAAGAUUUCCGAUCAAUGGAGAGAAAAGCGUCGGAUAACGCGGAAUCAUCUCAGAUGGCCACCAAACGGGUUACUGUCAAAAUUGAGCACACUAAAAAGACAUUUUUUGAGAAGCUUUUAAAUACCAUGAAAAUCGAUUUGGAGGAUCGAAAAGUAAAAUAUGUGAUGUAUAAUGCGUUGGAGAAUUUGAAAAAGGUGCCAUUUGAGAUGGAAACGAUUGUGGAUUUGAAGAAUGUCCAAGGAAUUGGGGACAACAUUGCCGUUAAAUGUAUGGAUGCUUGGAAUGCGGCAUGUGAAGAGCACGGUUCGGAACUGACGCUGAAAGACGUCAAGAAGCUUAAACAUGAAGAUUAUCAAAGAUUCCAAAAUGGUGCUCGAAAUCCGAACGAAGUGGUUCGGAGGAAAGAGAAUAUUGAGAAGAGAAGCUCGAAAAUUGUGAAUGAUGAGUUUCGAGAUUCAUCCGAUGAAGAGGCUCCAAUUGUUCCGGAGAAGAAGAAGAAGAUAAUCUCACGAACGUCGAUGGUGAAGACGAAAAGCUUCCAGGUGCCGAAGGCGUCGAUUCCGACAACUUCAAUGCAACGAUCGACGAGUUGCACCGAUUUGGUGAAAGAAGAUUCCGUGAAUUUUAACACAAUUACUUGUAAACCGUAUGAGAAUCCAAGGGUAUUCUUGAUCGCUGAUAACCGCGAACAUCGAGACAAUCGGCCUUGCAAAUCGGUUAUCGAGCAUUUGGUGAAGAAAAAUGCGAUAAAUGUCGACAUCCGAUCGUUGUCAGUUGGCGACUAUUUAUGGAUAUGCCGAAAAAUCGAUGGCACUGAAAUUGUGCUUGACUGGGUUGUUGAGCGAAAAACGUGGGACGAUUUGAAGAGCAGCAUUAUUGGGGGACGAUAUGACGAGCAGAAAGCGCGUCUCGGAAUGGCUCCAAUGCGUCAUCGAGUCUACCUGAUCGAGGCCAAAUCGAUGGGAGACGUCGCUUGCGAGCAGGCGGUCGCGUCGACGUUGUCGAAUGGAGGCUAUAUGAUUCAGAGAUGUUCGGACACUCGAGACACCGCCGCGUUUUUGGCUGAAAUUACACUGAAAUUGCAGAAUGAGGCGACGAACUCAGAGAUCUGCGGUGUUCCAUUCAAUCAACUCCAAAAUCUGCUGAAAAAGAAGAAGGCCGAAACCGUCAAAGAUUUGUGGGUCCGUCAACUGAUGGUAUGUCCCGGAAUGUCAUAUUCGCGUGCCGACGCCAUCGCCGAUCGAUUCCCGUCGAUGCCGGCGCUUCUAACAUUCUUCCGCGAGAACGGCGACGAUUCUCAAAUCCAUCUUCUCCACAUUCUACCGCAACUCACUCGUCCAAUUAUCAGGAAUCUGUUCAAAUUUUUCGUCGCAUGA